UUGUUAAACGCUGGUUGCGUUAAGAGCAAAGAUAUGAAAGCCAGCGUAGUCCAUAGCCAGCCAACCUUGACGAAAUAUACAUUAAAGAUGUUCCCCUUGCGCGCGAAAUAAUUGACGGGGUUUGUAUCCGAAUCUGGCGCGACGCCCGGUGAAGAGGAUGCGUUGGCAAGGGGUCUUGCGGUUGGAGAUAUCAACGAGUACAAAGAGCCCAAUAGAAGAGUCAGCGGAUAAAGAGCGAGUGACAAGGGAGGCGGCUGCGGGAAUAACGGUCGCGAUGAUUUGGGAGCGGUGGAUGGUUUCCUUGUGGAGCCAUUCAGGGGUACAGCAUCUGUCGACGACAUUGCUGUUGAUAUAACACCACCGAAUUAGACGUGUAUCGAGGAGAGGAAAUGGCGGAAACCAGAUGAAUGGGGCAUGUUAAUGAUGAUCGUCCGUCAUGCCACAAUCCACCGCGCGCUUUUCUAUCUCCCAAAUCCUAGAUGGACAAAUUUGUUUUGACGUUGAAUCCGGAUGACGUCGUUCGUUGCUCACUAAGCAAAAUCACGUGGUAUUUUUCUUUUUAUUGAACAUCGUUCUAGAUAGUGCGCACAACGCCUUGAAGCCCCAACUUUUACAUCUUAUGAAUGUGAAAUUACCCUUUACUGUAGCUCCUGGCUAUUGCAGAAGCUCUACGGACUAGGAUUUCAGCUAACGCCGUGUUACAAAAGCCGUUCAAUUUUGGCUAGUCCAACUCUUACGACACAACAAUCAGCUGGCAACUAAUUAUAUCUUAUUACCAGCCAUACCGCUCGGUUUGGAUUCGCUCAGGGUGCUACAAUUUUGCAUUCCCAAGAGAAGCUGCAGCAGCAGUUAGCUUAUUCACAUAGCCAAUCCCCCGCCUACAAUCCCGCCUCCUCGGUCACCGACGCCCAAGGGUGAGGAUGGGCUUUGUAGGCAACAGGGUUUUUGGGAGAAAUGGCGAUGCUGCUACGUUGAAUGCCUAGUUCAAACCGACCUUCUUUCCUAGUCGCACUUGUUCUACAGAUUGCCUACAAUCCGACGGCUUCUCGAAAAAGUUUACCCGGCAUUCUUGAAUGAGCCUAUUAUAUGAAGGGUAUGUACAAUAGUGCUAGCUAGCGUUAUGAACACAAAGCUGGGGCGUGCCGAUUUAAGAAUCGUUAUGAUGUGGGUCGAAAGUACAUCCUUGGAUGCCGGGUUAAAGGAUUCAUUAUAUUUCCUCAGCUCAGGAAUAUGUGUUUUCAGGAACGGCAAGAUAUGGCUGUCGAGGAGGUCGGGCCAUGCCAGACCAUUAAACUCUCUUUCUUGGAAUAUAUUCGCUUCAAGAGCGGGAAAUACCUGACAACCCUGGGCACCAAACCAUUUUCGUCUUUUGCAAGACCUUGAUUUAGGUUAGCUGAAGACUCUGUACCUCAGUUAUGUGACCCUAGCGGUUGGUUGUUGUAACGGAAUAUGGAGGACUAUCAGGCUGCAUUGCCAUAGCCGCAACAUACGGUAGUGCGAUCAGUUGGGACCAUAAAUCUUCAAUAUGUUGUGUUGGACCCAUAGGGGAGAUUUGGCGAUACCCACAGGCUGUACUGACGAGUCGUGAAGAACCAGAGCACCUAACGCCGGACCGUUUUUCGAGCUGGGAACAUCCCGGUUCACGGUUCCACAUAGCGAGGCGUAGGUAUAAUGCAUGUAAUGAUCAUGAGCCUGUUGUGCCUUCUAGCUAUUAAUCUAACCCUGAAAUCACAGUGCCAUCUAAAAAUGUCUGGAUCCCUCCUUUGCCGGGUGCUCUGGAAUACCAAUAGAAUUGUUCUUAUCGCCCUUGGCCAUGCUGGUCUAUUUCCUUUUCGAGGUAUCAUCCGUGUAUAACAAAUCUCGUCGGUACAUCCCAUGAUACCCUUGGUGACAUGAUUGCAUAGAACAAUCAAAAUAUUCCAGGCUCCGAAGGUCGCUCACCGACGAUAAAAGCAAGGAAAGCAAAUUAACACACGGGUUACUUCAUAUGAUUGACCGCCCGGGAAUCCCAUGUAGCUCGCCACAUCGUCCUCCCGGUAUAUCAGCCUUACCCAACGAGAGAUCCUAUUAGGCCAUUCUUCAGGCGCCUUUCCCGUUUCCCCGCUAUUAACAGAACCGGGGUAAUGCAAUUUGAAAGUUAGAAAUUGCCAAUGCGCACGGAUCGUUUACAUCUCUGCCUGAGGGGAAGGCUGUAACUGGAGGGGUCAAGUAUACGCCCCAAAAUCCUGGUCGAAACCAAUAAAUAUAAGUAGGAAGUUAGUCUUCUUCGCUUGCUGGCUCCGCGUUUGUUCUUUUCUUUUCUUCACGUCACUAAAAGCUACCCGCAAUUGUUGUCCGUUUAAUUUGCGACAUAUACUGCGACAACCGUCGAACUUUCACAUACUCGUGCGAAUCUCUCCAUCUUGGCACCCCUUUUAUAGCGAAGCUAUCGCAGCAGAACAUAUGCCUUCAGAAGGUGUCCCGAAGUGCCAGCGUUGUCGCAGGGACCACAAAAGGUGCUCACCGGAAGUCCGGGCAUGGCCAGGGCAAAGAUGCGAGCGCUGUGAAAACUAUGGAUAUGAGUGCUCGGAGAACAUGAUGGCGCGAAGGUCAGCGCAAAGGGAUCGUGAAUCUGCCCCCACCAUCAGCCGUCCUUUCGAGGGCAGACCUGGAAACUACCAACAGGGCGUAACUCGACCACUAUUAACACGGCCAAUUUCAUUGACUGAAACAGAAUCCAUCCAAUCCCCUUUCGUUGGGCUGUUCUUGUACCUCAAAAAUAUCGACUGGCAGACCUUGAGCUGCCCCUCGGCUGAAUUUGGAUCGGACCCAUUUGCUGCAAUGUUUCAAUCGCAUACAUGUUUCCCCAAUCUCUUUAACCCUCCCCUUGGAAGACGAGGAAUGUAUCUCGAAAUUUUUGCAGAGAGCGAACGGCUAAAGCAGAGUCCCCCCUCGCCGCCGGUACCAUAUGGCCACUCGCUAGAAAACUCCGUCGUAACGGCCAUAGUUCAUAGGGUACAACGAGAACAACAUCGCAAGGCGAUGAACUAUAGUUUCGAGGAGCUAUCGAGAAGGUGCAGCAAUUACAUUCGUUACGGUAGUUACUGGAACAGGUUGAGAACUAUGCUCAAUACCGAUGAAGUGCUCCUAAUCGACCCAGAGUAUUCCUUCGACAAACCCAAUCCUGAUACCACAUUCGAGACCGCGGUAUAUUUUUGGUUAUUCGGCAUCCCUGGGUUGAAGGAACUGUGCCAGAAAUUGUCAGGGCUCUCUCAUAUGAUCUUGUGUUUAGCGAGAACUCCGCAUGAUGAUCCAGUACGGAAUGUUUUGGCCACGCAGAUCCUUAAUCGCCUUAAUGAGGUCCUUGGUUCAGAAGUUGCCUCGCUUCCCCAGCCUUCCCAACCUCGCUACAGUAUUAACAGCAACAAUAGUAGCCACGAUAAUGGUCACUCCUACGUGGCCGCCGCCACGAUUGGUAGUUCGACUGUGGGACUUCGAGAUGCGGAGCCAGAGGAUCUCUUUUCAUCUGAUAGCGUUGCCCUUCAGGCCGGAUUCGGAGUCGGCUACGUUUAUCAGGGUGCUUGGAACAAUUGACCAUUGAAAAGCAGUGCUUGUUGCCCAUUCCGAGCCCCCUCACCGCUUCGAGUCAUUAUCCAUUGCCCCGCCUACCCGUUGGUUUGGUUGCUUGAGUGGCUUCAUUUCCAAUUCCGAUUUCAGUUCCAUUUUCUCUUUUUUGAGUCUGCAUUCCUUUCCAUUCUUCUGGGUGAGCGGUUCCGAAUUGAGGAACGCCAAUUCUCCUAAACCCUAAAUUUUUAGUCUUGAAGUGCGUUGGUCCGUGGGUCUUAGGGAUGAUAGAUGUUCACCAUAGUUCAUAUUAUAUGCAUUAAAGUUUUUUCAAUAUAGUAAAGGGUGUAUUUUUGGAUUUACUCCUAUUCCAUCUAGAUUGGGUAAGCCACCUCGGGUGCGUCCGUAGGCUGCCUGGGAACAAAAGCAGGAAGGACUUGCGCCCCCUUCAAUCAUGUACAAAA